GCGAUGGAGGGGGUUGGUGGUUGGAGGAAGUGGAGAGCCUGAGAAAGGCCAGGAUGACAGGCUGGUGUGACAUUGAGCCUGAAAUGGGCAAAGUGAUCGAACUUGGGGUCCCCAGUGCCCAGGAGAGUUGACCCCUUGAAUAGAGGUGUGAAUGUGAAAGAAGAAACAUGAGCCCUGCUCACGUGGACAUGAGGGCUGGUUCUGAAGAGCAAAGGUGGACGCCGAAGUCCUGACUCUUGGCUGGGAUGGAAGAAUCCACCUGUGAGAGACUCUUUCCUGAGUUCAUCCCAUCUGGGCCCCUGGGAGGGUGAAGCUGAGGGGGCAUUAACGACCCAGUCUGAUACCAUGGGGAAACCUGGGAGUUAGCAGGAAGAUUCCAAGCCAGCACGGAUUUUGGCUUCAGAAGAGGUGCCGAGUACAGGCUGGUGUCAUGCUUGUGUAACCUCUGUCAGUAACUCAGUGCUUGCUGAUUCCCUGGCUACAAAAAAGCGAAAGUGAAAUAGAGGGGAGAGGGACAGUGCUUUCCCAGAAGGACUUCACUAAUCCUGCCCUUCCCAGAACCAGCUCCAGCGAAGAGGGCUUUGCUUCUCUUUGUGACGGGCCCAGAGAGGAAGUUGUUACAGAUAAAUAGGACCAGGCACGCCAGCUCCUGACACAUCCCGUCAAGACCAUGAGACAGAACUGGACACCAGAUCGCAGCCUUUUGCGGGUCCUGCUUCUGUGUGCCCACAUGGUCUGUCAGCUGGCUGGAGCCGCACCUAUGCCUGAGGCCACUGCCAGUGCCUCAGCUGGGAUCACAAAGGACCCCUGCCCCUCCUGGCUCCCAACAGCUAAGCGGUGCCCAGCAUUGGAGGUGACCUGGCCGGAAGUGGAAGUCCCACUGAGUGGAACGCUGACCUUGUCCUGUGCCGCCUGCAGCCGCUUCCCCUUCAGCAUCCUCUACUGGCUGGGCAAUGGCUCCUUCAUCGAGCACCUCCCAGGUCGGCUGAGAGAGGGCAGCACCAGCAGGGAGUACCGGGGUGCACGCACCCAGCUACGGAGGGCCCUGGUGAUAGAGGAGCUGAGCCCCACCCUCCGCAACACCAACUUCUCCUGUGUCUUUGCUGAUCCUGAGCAGACCGCCCAGCGUCACGUCGUCCCGGCUCAGCUCUGGGCUGGGCUGAAGACCGUCACGCCUUCUGUUCAAGAAGCCCCACCCUCCAGCAGGUCCCCCCUGCCUCGUCAUCGCGACAGGUGAACUCCAAAGCCUGGUUGAGUCGUCACCUCUUCACUGAGGUCUACAUGCUCUUGCAGCUCAGGCCUCCCUCUAAUGGACUGUCCCAGGGAAGGGAUGGGGGUAAAUGCUGCUUCUGAUCCACAGCUGCAUCUUUGUCACACCUGGCAGGGCCCACAGUGGGCAUAUGCAUAAAUGGUUUUUCAGUGGAGGCAUGACAACA